CAGGAGUACCUCUCCGAUCCCUACACGGGCGAGGGCGCCGUGGACACCAUCGUGAAUUUGACGGGGUUCAGCCUCGUGGGUGGCCCCGCAUCCCAGGACGCCGAGAAGGCCAAGGCUGUCUUGACGAAGAUCAACCGCCCCUAUCUGGUGAGCGUCCCUCUGGUCUUCCAGUCGUUCACCGAGUGGCAGAACAGUCAGCUGGGGCUCCACCCUGUCCAGGUGGCCCUGCAGGUCUCCCUGCCCGAGAUCGACGGCGCGAUUGAGCCCAUGAUCUUUGCGGGCCGCGACGGCACCAGCGGGCGGUCGAUACCGAUGCAGGACCGCAUCGGCAACCUUGCGACGCGUGCGCUGAACUGGGCUAGGCUGCGCAAGAUGGAGAACAAGGACAAGAAGGUGUGCAUCGCCCUCUUCCAGUUCCCCCCCGACAAGGGCAACGUGGGCACCGCGGCGUACCUGGACGUGUUCGGGAGUAUUUUCUCCGUCCUCCAGGAGCUGAAGAACCGGGGCUACACCAUCGAGGACAUCCCCGAGGACGUGGAGGGCCUGCAGAAGUCCCUGCUGGAGGACCAGGACGCGGGCAUGUCGAUGGCCGAUCUGAACGUGGAGUACAAGAUGAGCGUUGACGAGUACGAGUCCCUCUGCCCGUACGCCAUGGACCUGCGCGAGAACUGGGGCCCGCCGCCAGGCAAUCUGAACACGGACGGGCGCGACAUGCUGAUCUACGGCAAGCGUUUCGGCAACGUGUUCUUGGGCGUGCAGCCGACUUUCGGCUACGAGGGCGACCCCAUGCGGCUGCUCUUCGCGAAGUCUGCCUCGCCGCACCACGGUUUCGCGGCCUUCUACACGUAUCUCGAGUUCGUGUUCAAGGCGGAUUGCAUGCUCCACUUCGGCACCCACGGCUCCCUUGAGUUCAUGCCGGGAAAGCAGGCCGCGCUGGUUCGGGAGCCGCCGACGCCACGUUUCACAUUGCCGCUGAUCUCAGGAAGGCUUGUCCUGGUCGCUGCCAUUGGCUGCGAGGCAACCAUCGCGAAGCGGCGUUCCUACGCCUCCACGAUCUCGUAUCUGACGCCGCCCGCGGAGAAUUCGGGUCUCUACAAAGGCCUCAACGAACUCAGCGAGCUGGUGAAGUCUUACCAGGGCCUCCGCGAGAACGAGCAGCGCGGCGCCGCAAUCGUGAGUUCGAUCGUCGCCACGGCGAGGCAGUGCAACCUAGACAAGGACAUCGAGGACUUGCCAUCCGAAGAGGAGGAUAUGAAGAAGAAGACCCUUGACGAACGCGACCUGAUAGUGGGCAAGGUGUACCGCAGGCUCAUGGAGAUCGAGUCCCGCGCCCUGCCCAUGGGCCUGCACCGCAUCGGCGUCCCGCCAAGCGCCGAGGAGAGCACGGCCACCCUGGUGAACAUUGCCCAGCUGGAUCGCCCGGAGAUGGGCAUCAAGAGCUUGCCCAGGCUGCUCGCGGAGUCCAUCGGGCAGGACAUGGAGAAGGUCUACCGGAACUCCGACGCAGGGGUGCUCGAGGACGUGAACCGCCUGCAGCAGAUCACGGAGGCCAGCCGCGCAGCGGUCCGAGCGCUCGUGAAGGAGUCCACCAACGAGGAGGGCCGCGUUCAGGAGGUCAACAAUUUCAUGCAGAACCUCAGCUUCAUGUUUACAGGUGGAGCGGCGGGAUGA